AUGGGGGUCUCUGAGGUGGAGUCUAACCUGGUUCAUUCUCUGGCUCACAGCAUUGCUACGACCUCUAAGCACCUAUCUCUGUCUCCCUCCUUUCAGCGCUGCACCCUCGCCUCCUGGAUCAGGGAGCACAUUAGGAAGAAAGAAUGUUUCUUUUAUGAAACGGGUGACAGGGAGGGGGUAUGUAAGUGUGGCUACCCCAAGAUCCAUCAUGUGGAUGAAGCAAUCAAGCCGGAGGACUUUGUGGGCGAGUCAUGGAACAGACACAGACAUAUAUGUGAAGUGCCCACUGACGCUUAUGGGGACAUCAGCUUUGACGGCGUGGGACAGAAGACUGGCAAGUAUGUGCGAGUGUCCACAGACACCCGGCCCGAGGUCCUGUACCAGUUACUGACUGAGCACUGGAACCUUACCCCCCCCAACCUGUUGAUCUCAGUGACUGGAGGAGCCAAGAACUUUUAUCUCAAGGCCCAUCUCAAGAACAUGUUCCACCGAGGUCUGAUCAAAGUGGCCCACACAACAGGUGCGUGGAUCAUCACAGGUGGUACCCACACAGGUGUGAUGAAACAUGUAGGGCAGGCUGUGAGGGAUCACGCCCUGAGCAGCUCUUCCAUGCGGGGCCAGAUUGUGGCCAUUGGAGUGGCCACAUGGGGAACCCUCCAUAACAGGCACGCCCUGGUGCAGCCAGAGGGUUUCUCCACCCAUUACUCGAUGGACAUCCAGGGCCAAGGCCACCUGACCUGCCUGGAUGACAACCACACCCACUUCCUGCUGGUGGACGAUGGGACCCAUGGGCGUUAUGGCGUGGAGAUCGAACUGCGCAGCCGCCUAGAGAAACUCAUUUCCCAGCAACCUCUUGGAACCAAAGAGAGUGAUGUGACCAUCCCUGUUGUUUGCGUGGUUUUGGAUGGAGGACCAGGUACUCUAAAUACAAUCUUUAAUGCCAUGCUGAAUGGUACUCCAUGUGUCAUCUUGGAGGGCUCGGGGAGAAUAGCAGAUGUGAUUGCCCAGGUGGCAGGACUGCCCAUGACCAGGGUCACUAUUGCUCUCAUUCAUCAGUUGAUGAAGAGGUUCUUUGGUCACGAGUACGAAACCUUCUCGGCCCACAAGAUCAUAGAAUGGACCAAGAAGAUUCAGGACAUCAUCAGGAUGCCUCACUUGCUAACAGUGUUCAGAAUAAGCGAGGACAAGCAUGGGGAUGUAGACGUUGCUAUUCUUCAAGCACUACUUAAAGCUUCCAGGAACAGCGAGUCACUGGGCAGAGAGAGCUGGCAGACGCAGCUGGAGCUGGCUAUAGCCUGGAACCGGGCGGACAUAGCUGAGACUGAGAUCUUCACCGAGGAGAGCCAGUGGAAGUCUAGUGACCUCGAGGAGGCCAUGCUCUCAGCCCUGAUUGGUGACAAGCCUGAGUUUGUCCGUCUGCUGCUCGAGAACGGCGUGAGUCUGCGGCACUUCCUUAAGGAGAACACACUGUGUGAGCUCUACAACCAGCUGCCCAACUGCUUCCUCCUCCGCAAGCUGGCCAAGCGGCUCCAGUCUGAUCGCUGGGGCCGAGGUCAGGUCAGCUCACGACAAGGCACCACCAUCUCCAUGACUCACGUCUCAGACGAGGUGCGCCACCUGCUGGGCAGCUUCACCAAGCCCCUCUACCCUCCACCCAACAUGAGAUGCCACAUCUUGUCUUUGGAGGAUGCAUCUGUUUCACUGUCAGGUAAGGGUGGGGUGAGCUCCCAAGCUCCAAGCCAACCGCAGACUGUUGGGGUAUUCAGGGAUCCAGAGAGAGACCUUUUUCUCUGGGCUGUACUCCAGAACAACAAGGAGAUGGCUGAAAUCGCCUGGGAGCAGUGUAGAGACUGCAUGUCUGCCGCUCUGGCAGCCAGUAAGAUCCUGAAGAAGAUGGCUCAGGAAGGAAGCGAUGCAGAUGAGGCAGAGGAGAUGAAAAAGCUAGCCAAUCUCUAUGAGACACGUGCCAUAGGGGUGUUCAGCGAGUGCUACAGCUGUGACGAGGAGCGAGCUCAGAAGCUGCUGGUCCGAGCCUCGCCGUCCUGGGGAAGGACCACUUGCCUUCGACUGGCCCUGGAGGCUGAUGAUAAAAGCUUUGUGGCUCAGUCAGGGGUUCAGGCUGUUUUGACCCAGAUCUGGUGUGGUGAGCUUGGGGUGGACAACCCUGUGUGGAGGGUGCUGAUCUGCAUGCUGUUCUUCCCCCUGAUCUACACCGGCUUUGUGGCGUUCAGGCGUGAUGAGGCAAUCCAGAGAGAAGCUGAGAAGAAAGGGGAGAUGAUCACCAUGGAGAACAUAACAGGAAGUUCAGUUCGGAGAAAGCCUCAUUCCCGUGUGUUCAGCGCCCCUGCCAGCAGCAGGCGUCUGAAGCCUCUGAGCUGCUGGUCCAGGCUGGUGGGCCUGUACGGCUCCCCUCAGGUCAAGUUCUACUGGAAUAUCGUGGCCUACUUCGCCUUCCUGUUCCUGUUCGCUGUGGUGCUGAUGAUCGACUUCCAGGCCACGCCCUCAGCAGGAGAGCUGCUGCUCUACAUCUGGCUCAUCUCUCUGGUGUGUGAGGAGGUCAGACAGCUGUUUCAUGACCCCGAUGGCUUUGGGUGCCGUAAGAAGGCCAGGAUGUACAUUAACGACCUGUGGAAUAUUCUAGAUGUGCUAUCCAUCCUGAUCUUUAUUGUCGGCCUUGCAUGUAGGCUAAAAACUGAGCUCUUCUAUGCGGGUAAAGUCAUCCUGUGUGUCGACUUUGUUGUCUUCUGCCUCCGUCUCAUGGCCAUCUUCACCAUCAGCAGGACGCUGGGCCCCAAGAUCAUCAUCGUCAGGAGGAUGAUGAUGGAUAUGUUCUUCUUCAUGUUCCUGCUGAGUAUCUGGGUGGUGGCGUACGGCGUGGCCAAACAAGGCAUCCUCAUCCACAAUGAGAAUCGCCUGGACUGGAUUGUGCGGGGGGCCGUUUACGAGCCAUACCUCAUCAUAUUUGGAAACGUACCCACCAAUGUUGAUAAUGCCGGAUUUGACUUGGAUUCAUGCAGCAUGAAUGGCACUGAUCCUCUGAAGCCCAAAUGUCCUGUACUGAAUGAAAACCACAAGCCUGCCUUCCCUGAGUGGCUCACCAUCAUCAUGCUCUGUGUCUACCUGCUCUUUGCCAAUAUACUGCUGCUCAACUUGCUCAUAGCCAUCUUCAACUUUACGUUCCAGGAAGUGCAGGACAACACCGACAGAAUAUGGAAGUUCCAAAGAUACGAGCUGAUCAAGGAGUACCACAGCCGCCCCGCUGCCCCUCCACCUUUCAUUAUCCUCAGCCACCUUUACCUGUUCUUAAAGCAUGUGGUGCUGCGCAGACCCCCCGCCAAAUAUAAGGAGUUCAAGGAUAAGCUUCCUCAGGCUGAGGAAGAGGAGCUGUUGUCCUGGGAGGCCUUGAUGAAGGACAAUUACCUGCUUUCCACGCGGCAGGAGCAGAGCCAGAGCAUGGAGCGGCGCAUCGACGACACAGCCCGAAAGGUUUCCACCAUAUUGGAGCGGAUGGAGCGGGAAGAGGAGGCGAGCUCUGCUGCCGUGGUGAAAAGACUAGCCCGACUAGAGGAGCAGGUCAUCCAGUCAGCCAAAGCCCUGCAGUGGAUUAUGGACAGUCUCAAAUCUCAGGGUCACCCAGCUAAAGAGGCACCGCUUUUGAGUCAGUCACUGACAUCACACAGCGAGAGCCCUGAAACUUUGGGGCAGGUGUCAGAGAAAGACAAGGCCAGCUUCCACGUUAACGCCCGGCAGUUCUAUUACCCAGGCACCAAACUCGUCCGCUUUCCUGUGCCUGAGGAGAAGGUGCCCUGGGAGGUUAGCUUCUCUUCAUAUCUACCUCCUUUUUAUACCCCUGAGGAAAUUGAGGAUCAUGUGGAUGGAUCAGAAUCUGGAGCCUCAGAUAAUUACAGAAACCCAGGAGGGAGGACGGGCAUCAGAGGCAGGGGUGCGCUCGACUGCCUGGGCCCAAAUCUGGAAACAGAUCUUGUCCUCACACGCUGGCGAGACAGUGGGCGAUCCAUCUUGGACUUCCUGGCCAUUUGGGAUGAGAGUGAGGGGGCCUGGGCUUUACCUGGGGGGCCUGUUCAAUCCAACGAGCUCCUGCCAGCAACUCUAGAGACAAUAAUAGGAAAGCGGCUUUAUGAAAAAUUAAACGCCAAAGUGGUGGAGGGAACCAAGGUGUUUGAGGGCUACGUGGACGACUGCAGAAACACAGAUAAUGCCUGGGUGGAAACCACCGUCCUGAACAUUCACCUGGAUAAUGCAGGCCUGAUAGCAGACAUCAACCAAAUGGUGACCGCCCGCCGUGGCUCUGCUGAGGUGGCUCAGUGGCAGGAGGUGAGCAGUAAAACACGGCUCUGCUCCAACCAGAGAGACACUCUGCGACGCGUUGCUGAGCUGCACAACAGGAAGUUCUGAUGCUGCUCCUGUCCGUCCUCGGGUUCCUCACGUCUUGAAAUAUGGCCUUUUAUUAGGGCUGCUGUACAUGCAGCACUGAGAGCACUUGAGAAAAACGCUGAGAAUAAAGACAUCAAAGCCAUAAUGUAUGCUGCUACAAAUUAUUUUUUAUUGCAAUGUGUUGCACAAACAUGAUGGGGCAGUUGAAUAUUGAAUAUACAUACUGUGGUGUGCACUUCAGUUGUAAUCACACGGUAUGAUGAAUAGAAGGAUUGAGUGGUUUUUCUGCUCAGUUUCCUGGUAUAAUGAGCCAUUAGUUUAUGUUACACUGUGUUCACCUGUCAGCUGUGUAGGGUAAGCACCCCUGGCCUUAA